AUGGAGUACUCCGCAAGGAGGAACACGAUGGCCCCACACGCGGAUCCUUACAACAAUGCCCGCAACUCGCAACUCCCUGUUCCCUCCACCGUCAAGAAACCUCCACGGCCCGGCCGUAUGUCCAUGUCGGGACCUGCGCAGCGUGCACCCUACCCAGCUCCCCCGGCCUCGAACUCGCGGCAGUCCAUGAUGCGCUCCCACAAUUUCAAUCCUUUGGCCCAGAGUGCGAGCAAACCGCAACCGUACGGCAGGACACCGAUGCGAAAUACAAACGGUAACCGCCGAAAUACAGGAUGGCCAGUUGGUAGCCAUCCCGCGCCAACGUCCAACCAGACGAAGGACGCCCGGCCCACCCGCGAUAAGGCGCACCAGCUUAAAACGCGACAGGAAAUCGUGGCCUAUUUCAAAAACUACCUUGAAAAAGACAUACCAAUGUCCAUGUUGCAGAACAUCACGUCCAAAGACUUCCGAGAGGUUUUUCAACAGCUUAUCACUUCGCUAGACCCUCAGUGGCCGUUUGAGCAGGACCUCCGCUUCGAGGAGCAUUUCAUGCGAGCGCUCCGUGCUAUGCAGUACCCAUAUGUCAGUCAGAUCGACAUCAAGUGGCUUCCCACCCCGGCAGCGAUGCACUCAUGGCCCGCGCUACUCGGCGUGCUGCACUGGCUUGCUGAGCUCGGAAAGGCUCGGCACGUUUACAUGAAUAGUCAGCAUCCAACCCUGCAGAACCCGGAACUUGUGCCGGAGGAAUUCGACGAUGACGAACACCACCUGGCCCUCGCGUUUCAACACAAAUGUGUCGCCUACGAAGUCUUCUUGCAGGGACAAGACGUUUUUCCUGAGCAGGAGAAGAUCCUGGAGCAGCGUUACGCCAGGAAGGACACCGGAGUGCUUACGGACCUAAAGAACCGGCGGAAGCAUCUCGAUGAGAUCCAGACAGAGUGGGAGUCGCUCCGGAAGUCUGCGCCGCCGUUCGAAGACCUGAAAAAGGACAACGGCUCUCUUAGGCGCGAUAAACUCAAAUUCGAAGAGAUCCUGCGCCGCUUCGAAGAGCGCAAGCAGAAGUGGCAGCGCCAGGUGCAGGAUGAGAAGACCGAGCUCGAGUACAAUCGUGCACAGUUGGAGACGCUCCACGCCGAAGAGGAGCGGCUUGCCAGUAUCGUCAAAGUGCAGAACCUUUCGCCCGAGGAGGUCUUGCGCAUGAACACCGAGCACGAGAACCUGUCGCGCGAGAUACAGUCUCUCAAGCAGAAGAUCGCGGAGUCGUCGCAGUCCGUCGUCAAGCUCGAGGUCUCCUUGACACGGAAAGACAUUGAUCUCACCAUCGACCUGCGUUCCGCCGCAAGCAAUCCGCAGGACCUGCUUACCGGCGCCGAUGUGCGGAAGGUGGUGAAACCCACGCUCAACCGCAUCGCCGAAAUGAAGCGGACGACAUGCGCGGAUGUGGAGAGUGACCGGAUCAAGGUGGACGAUGAACUUGACCAACUAAUUGCACGAGUCCACAACAAGACGAGCGCUCUGAACGACCAAGCGGACGAGCUGCGGGAGGCUGCGCAGCAGGAAGCGCUAAUUAGCAACGCGGAGGCAUCCCGCCUCGAGAGAGAUUUAGCGGCUGCGCGGACGGCGCGAUGGCCAACGGCCUUGCAGAUCGCGUACCGGGAACAGAUCGACAAGGUGAACAGGCUGAAGGAGGAUACCGUACGGGCGGUUAUCAAGAAUAGCAGCGAUGUCGUGGCUUUCAAGGACGAGGUGUCGAAGCAGCUGCAGUACCUCAAGGAUUUCUCCGAGGCGAACUAG